AUGGGAUACUGUAAUUGCAUUCGUAACGGAUAUGGUUUCGAUACAAAACUAGCAGUCCUCGAGUUCGAUGACAAUGCGUACAUCGCGUCUGACUACUUCUCUACUGCUGAUCUAUUCCGUCUCAGUGGAUCUAGUUUGUUUAGAAAAAAGAAACUUUACGUCGGUGCGACAAGAAUGAGAAUUUUUAACCUCACUUUCUUGUUACUUAGCAUCUUAGUGAUUUUCUCUGCUGUGAACGUUGCUGAAUGCGGACUUGGAAAAAAAUUGAAGAAGCUUGCAAAAAAAGUUUUCAAGUACAUUCCUGGUCACAAGAUAACGUAUACGAAACAAUUUUGAUGAACUGGAUGUCAUUUUCACAAUAUUAAAUAUUAUAUUUCCAACACGAAUAUGAAUACUUCUACCU